CAAUGUUUUGGAGAUUAAGAUGAUGGGCGGUGUCUCUAUCUCAUUCUCCACAUUCUCUUUGUUCCCCAUUAAUUUAACCGUUUGCGGGCAGGUCUCGCUAUCAAGAUGGUGCCAUUGGCUGUGGAAAUGAGCCGUUCUUUGGUUCCAGUUGCUUAUCAAGCAAAUUGGAGACAACUCCAAGCAGCCUUAUAACCCGGAGCCGGGAGGCGAUGAGUUGACAGUCUGAUCAGCGGCCAUAGCUGAGUGCAAAGACAUCAUUCACAAUGGCCUCUUUGUCGCCUCCAGUAGACUUGUCCCAUCAUUUCAGCUACAUAACCAAGCGGCGUGCGCCGAGUGCCGUGAAAGACUUUUACAAGUACUUUCUCAUCCCCGGCAUUGCCAACUUGGCGGGCGGUACGGCCUCUGAUUCAACAUUAGCUGGUUGACUUCUCACAAAUCUGAUGACUGUAGGACUGCCAAAUGCCUCUUAUUUUCCGUACGAUACCUUAGAAGCUUCAGCCGCCCGUUCUCAGCGAUUUGCAACCAUUCCAGGUGGAAAGGCCAAGGAUCCACAGUCGAGCGAACGGAUAACCGUACCUAAAGACUCCCAGAGCGCCAUCACGCAGAAGAUUGAUAUCACAACAGCCUUGCAAUAUGGCACUGCUGAAGGUCUCCCUCCUCUGGCGACAUUUGUGAAUACGUUCGUUCGUGAACAUCUUCAUCCGAACGUUCCGUAUGCCGGUGGCCCAGAUACCCUUAUGACCACAGGCGCAACUGACGGGUUCUCUAAGGCCAUUGAAGCCUUCACCAACCCGUGGAAUCCCGAUCGUGAUUGGGUACACCUUCGUCAAGGAAUUCUUUGUGAGGAAUAUGUGUAUAUGAAUGGCAUUCAGGCUGCCAAACCAAGAGGACUCAACAUCGUCCCGGUAGCCAUGGACACGGAGGGUAUGCUGCCGCAUGGCCCGGGAGGAUUGGACGAUGUUUUGGAAAACUGGGAUUUCCGCCGAGGCCGUCGUCCGCAUUUGAUGUAUACCGUAACUAUCGGCCAAAAUCCAACCGGCGGCACCUUGUCUGUCGAGCGCCGUAAGGAGAUUUACGCUAUUUGUCAUAGGUAUGACAUCGUCAUCGUGGAAGACGAUCCAUACUGGAACCCGCAUUUGACACCGCGCAAUUAUAACGCUGGCAAAAAGUCUUCUGGAUACGAGUUUCUUGAUUCUCUUGUGCCCUCGUAUCUGUCGCUCGACACCGACGGCCGGGUUGUUCGCCUUGAUACCUUCUCCAAAACUAUUGCGCCAGGCUGCCGUCUCGGUUGGAUGACAGCACAGCCAGCUGUAAUUGAAAGGUUGGCUCGUAUUGCAGAGUCAACCACUCAAGCUCCCUCAGGAUUUGUCCAAGCCCUGGUAGCUGAAAUGAUUCUUGGCCAGCAAUCAGAUGACAAGUCCAUCAAUGCACGGAAGGGCAACGGCGAUGAGAAAGGUUGGCAGAUGGACGGUUGGGUUCGCUGGCUUGAGGGCCUGCGCGCGGGAUACGAGCACCGCAUGCAGCAGAUGUGUAGUGGUCUGGAAGAGGGCAAAUAUAUCGUGCUUGAUACUGAGAGACUGGAUGAUCUGACCUUGGGCGAGAAUAAUGAGGAAGACUCAUGGGAGGUUCUGGAUAAGGUUCGGAUGUUCGACUUCGCUUGGCCCACAGGAGGAAUGUUCAUUUGGAUCAAGGCGGGCUUGGACAGCCACCCCUUGCGUCGGAAGUACAGACCCGAGAGGCUAGCAAAAGCCCUAUGGACACAUUUGAUACAAAAGCCGCAUCUUUGUCUCCUUGGAACAGGAACGAUGUUCUCACCAACGGAUGAAAUCAAGGCUCGUGGUUAUCAGUACUUCCGGUUGUGCUUUGCGGCAAUGCCUGCGGAUGAUGUGGUCCCGGUCACUCAGCGGUUGGUGGACGGGUUUAGAACAUUCUGGCAGAGAAAGAACCUCGAUGGCCUUGAGGAUGAUAACACGACACAAGCGGUGGAACACCUGCAGGUAGAGCCGUCUGUGAAUUUCAUGGGAAUGGGGUGCUAGAUUUGAAAUGAAUCUGGCGUUGAAAUGCGAAUGGACAGGAGUACAUAAUGAAAUAAUGAAAUGAAUCUAGACAGCAAUACCUUG